GCGCGGACAGCGCCGCCUGCCGAUGGUCUCGUUCGCUCAGCCGCUCUUCUGGCAGAUCCGGUACCUCGUGUCGAACCUGUCCAAGAAGAACUGCAAGUCCAGCGUCGCGGAGCUUCACCAACUGGUCUGUCUCUACGGCUACGACGCGCAGGUCUUCCUCCUGCGGGCGCUGAUCGAAGAGGUGCAGUUCCAGGAGCGCCCUCGCCAGCGGGCGGGGCCGCGAGAGUCGAGCGCCUCGCGCUGA